GAAUGCUGAGGCAGACGCACAGUUUAUUUUUGGGUCAGUGACAGUGUGUCAAUGGCAGCAGAUGCAUCGCAAAGGAAGGCUCUGAGAUACCAACAGACCCUGCUGUAUGGGGAGUACCGUGAACCCCCUGGAGGGUCUAGUCAGCGGGAGGCUGGCCGCCUACUGACAGAGAGACAGGCAAGGAAACAGCAUUAUGGACGCCAUCAAUGUGGUCCUCGUGGACACUAUCAGCACAGUCACAGCCAACAAAGCCAACAUAAAAUGGAAUCGGACGCAGGACAUGCUAGAAAAGAAUCAGAUAUAAGGCGCGCAUCCUCUUUGAAGCAACAACCCUCCUACUCCAAGUAUAAAGACUGCGUGGCUCGUGUACGGAGGUUCCUAAUAACUAAAUUAGGAGAAGACUGGGUCUUUCUAGUGCUGCUGGGUAUCUCCAUGGCUUUAGUCAGUUGGACUAUGGACUAUGCCAGUGCCAAGAGCCUCCAAGCUUAUAAGUGGAUGUAUGGACAGCUGAUGGGAAAUGUCCCACUGCAGUACUUGGUUUGGACCGCCUAUCCAAUGGUGCUCGUCUUGUUCGCCACCUUCUUCUGCAACUUGAUUGCUCCACAAGCCAUCGGUUCUGGCAUCCCAGAGAUGAAAACAAUCCUUCGAGGAGUUAUGUUGAAAGAGUACCUCACAUUUAAAGCAUUUAUAGCAAAAGCAGUUGGUCUUACUGCAGUACUAGGAAGUGGAAUGCCAGUAGGCAAAGAGGGUCCUUUUGUACACAUAGCUAGCAUUUGUGCCACUGUGCUCGGCAAGUUUAUGUCCUUUUUUUCUGGGGUCUAUCAGAGCCCAUACUGCUACACAGAUAUCCUCACAGUCGGUUGUGCUGUGGGAGUAGGCUGCUGUUUUGGCACACCGCUUGGAGGAGUCCUGUUUAGCAUUGAGGUUACAUCAACGUUCUUUGCAGUGAGAAACUACUGGAGGGGCUACUUUGCUGCCACAUUUAGUGCCUUUAUAUUCAGGGUACUUUCAGUGUUCAAUAAAGAUGCAGUCACCAUCACUGCUCUGUUCCGCACCAAGUUUCGCAUGGACUUCCCCUUUGACCUGCAGGAGCUGCCAGCAUUCGCCAUCAUUGGUAUUUCUUGUGGGUUUUUUGGAGCUUUCUUCGUCUACUUGAACCGGCAGGUUGUCCUGUUCAUGAGAAGAUCCAACCCCAUUACACGGGUUUUUACCAAACACCGACUAAUUUAUCCAGGUGUUGUAACUUUUGUGAUUGCAUCGCUGACAUUCCCUCCAGGAUUUGGACAGUUCAUGGCAGGAGAGCUAAUGCCCAGAGAGGCUAUAAAUUCUCUGUUUGAUAACUUCACCUGGACCAAAAUCUUGGGAUCUACUGCUCCUCCUGGUCUGGGGCGAUCAUCUGCCUGGCUUCAUUCAGAUGUCAAUGUAUUUGUCAUACUACUUCUCUUCUUCAUCAUGAAGUUCUGGAUGUCAGCUGUUUCAACAACAAUGCCCACCCCCUCUGGAGCAUUCAUGCCUGUGUUUGUACUUGGUGCAGCAUUUGGUCGUCUAAUCGGGGAGAUCAUGGCCUCCCUAUUUCCUCAUGGCAUUCUAUUUGAUGGCAUCCUUUACCGGAUCACUCCUGGAGGGUAUGCUGUAAUUGGUGCAGCAGCUAUGACAGGGGCUGUCACUCAUACAGUCUCUACUGCUGUGAUUUGUUUUGAGCUGACUGGUCAGAUCUCCCACAUUCUGCCCAUGAUGGUAGCAGUUAUCCUGGCCAAUAUGGUGGCACAAGGACUUCAACCCUCACUUUAUGACUCUAUCAUCCAGGUCAAGAAGUUGCCUUACCUCCCCGAACUGGGCUUUGGCCAUAUAAGUCAAUAUAACAUUUUUGUUGAAGACAUCAUGGUGCGAAAGGUGAAAUAUUUGUGCUCAGAGUCAACGUACCGAGAAGUGCUUCAUUUACUAGAAUCCACAACCCUCAAAAAUUUCCCUCUUGUGGACUCAAAAGAAUCAAUGAUCCUCUUGGGAAGCAUUGAGCGGUAUGAGCUUCUUGCCCUCUGUGACUGGUGGCUAUCAGCAGAACGACGGAUCAUGACACAGGAAGAGGGUUUGCAAGGCCAAGGGUUGUGUGAAAGCUUGGAAUCUAUUGCCUUUGUGGAUGAAGACGGAGAAGAUAUCGAUGGUGAAAAGAGCAUACCAGUGCUGGAAGAAAGAAAUGGCCCUUUACCAUCACCCAAACAGCUGGAGACCACCACAAAUCGCACCCCUCCUGAUAAAGGUCCCCUCCAGUCUUUCAGGAGAACUCUGUACAACUUUUUCUCAUCCUCUUCAGAAAGACAGACAGAUGAGCAGUCAAAGGAGCCGACUCCUCCACCCUUUACUGACACCAUGACACCUGAAGAGAUUAAAGCAUGGGAGGAUUUAGAGAUGGAUAAACCAAUAGAACUUGUACGAGUAAAGAUAGACCCAUCUCCUUUUCAGCUGGUGGAGAGAACAUCACUACACAGGACUCAUACACUGUUCUCCUUACUGAGCCUCAGUCAUGCCUAUGUAACCAGCAUAGGCAAGCUAGUGGGAGUUGUAGCACUAAAAGAGCUUAAGGCAGGCAUUGAGGGCUCAACACGGAGCGGUGUCCGCUUGCGUCCCCCUCUGGCAAGUUUCCGUGACACCGUUCGUAAGUACUCGAAGACAACUCAGGCCUCUUCAGUCCCAACUUCCCCUGUGUCCGUCUCCACCCCUGAAUCCUUCCAGCUUUCAUCCCAAACCCCUCCAGUUCCUCUGUCCCCGGUCAAACAGCAGGAAGAGGCGAAAGUGUUGAUUGAAGAAGCAAAGCAGGAGAACUCGACUACUGGAAGCAGCAGUGCAACUAGCAGUCCUCAGACAGGAAGUACACUCAGCAAAACAGGAGGUCCCCAUAGCAGCCCAUCUCAAACUCCUUCCUCCCACCCCACUAUGUUGCUCUCGUCCCUGACACCUGUCCCUGAGGACGGAAAAGAUGAUGAGCAAGAAAGUGAUGAUGAGCAACCCAUUUAAAGCUGUAUUUAUAAUAAAAGUAUUUAAAACAUAAAAAAAGAAAAACAGAAUUUGGGUAAAAAUGAAUC